AGGUCACGGCGAGAAGGGUUUGUUUGUUUGGUUGGAAUCGUCGGGACCGGAAUCUGCCGUAGUCGUCGUCUUGAGACGGAAAACAUUCGCUGCCUCCAUUUGAAGAACAUCGAACGUUUUCGAUUCUUCCAAGAAAUACACAGUUUUUGAUACAGCAGUGAUGUCUGAUUGCGUUGAAGACGAUAACAAAGUUGAGGAAACGCUGGAUGCCACGAUGACUGAUGUCCAAGUAGAAGAAGUAAACCCAUCUUCCUCUAACGCUGACGAUAAUGCAAAUGACGGAAAUGACCCACUAACUCUUUGUGGGUCGAAUGAGCUUAGUGAUGUUAAGACUGAAGAACCCAUGAAACCUAAUGGUGGACCUUUAGAUGAUUCUAAGAACUGUUCUGGAGAGCUUCCGGAGGCUGGUAAAGCUCCUGUGGAAUCUGAUUUAGCCAGUGAUGAGGUGGAGAACAAUGCUGAGCGGACAGAGGAUGGAUUGAGUGAGAAUUUGAAGAAUCAAAAGACGGAAAUGGAGACUGAGAAUAUGGAUAGUCAAUUGAGCGAUGGUGAGGAUGUUAAUGAGACAAACAUUGAUGAUGUAAAUGGAAAGACAGUAAGUGAUGGUGCGCCUGAAAGAGAUUCGGUCAUUCCUAUUGCAACAAAGGAGGAGGCAUUGAGCAAUGAUCAAGACGAUGAAGUAAAGGAGGAGGAGUCGAAUCGCACUGUUUCAGGAACAGAGUUGCUAGCAACUGGGGAAAUGGAAUAUGAAUUUUCAGAACAAAAUAAGGAUGCUUUAGAACAUAACGAUGAGAUUAGAAGCUCGGGAAAAUCGUUUCUUUUGCCAGCUGAUUGUGUUGAUGCUGAUGAGUCAGGAUCGGAGGAGGAACAGACUGAAUUCAUGAAGGAGCUAGAAACAUUUCACAAGGAGCGGUGCCUAGAGUUUAAACCCCCAAAGUUUUAUGGAGAGCCUUUAAAUUGCCUCAAGUUAUGGAGAGCUGUCAUCAGACUUGGUGGAUACGAGCAGGUGACGUCUUGUAAACUUUGGCGACAAGUUGGAGAAUCAUUCAAACCCCCAAAGACCUGCACUACAGUGUCAUGGACAUUCAGAUGUUUCUAUGAAAAGGCAUUACUAGAAUAUGAAAAGUUCAAGUUGCAAUGUGGGGAACUUCCUUUUUCUGAUGGACAUUAUGGUGAUGCUCCCACUGUUGGUAACCAGCAGGUGUCUGUUAAUCAAGCAUCAGGAUCUGGUAGGGCAAGAAGGGAUUCUGCAGCUCGUGCUAUGCAAGGUUGGCACUCUCAACGUCUCCUUGGAAAUGGUGAAGUUGGGGACCCAAUUAUAAAGGAUAAGAAUUCAACUCCAUUGCCUAGACGUGAAAAGCAAAUUAAAAGCAUUGGUUUGCUUAAGAGGAAAAAAUCUUCGCCAGUUGAUCGAUCUCUGAAAGUGGCACGACUAAAGUCAUCAAAGCCCCAAGUUGAUUCGUUAGUUGUGGACAUUGGCCCCCCUGCUGAUUGGGUGAAGGUGAAUGUACAUAAAACCAAGGACUGCUUUGAGGUAUAUGCUCUGGUUCCCGGGCUUUUGCGUGAAGAGGUGCGAGUGCAGUCUGAUCCUGCAGGACGUUUAGUUAUAUCUGGUCAACCCGAACAACUCGAUAACCCUUGGGGUGUCACACCUUUCAAAAAGGUUGUGACCCUGCCAUCUAGAAUUGAUCCUCAUCAAACUUCAGCUGUAGUAACUCUGCAAGGGCAGCUGUUUGUGAGAGUCCCGUUUGAACCUUCGGAUCUUUAGCUGCUGACAUCAUCUCCAACAAGAAGAAGACACGGCAAAGACCUUGUGCUAGUAGUAACACUAGUAUAUACACAUUUGAGAGUUUUGUGGUUCAAUUUGUCUAUCUAAUUUAAACAAAAUUCUAGUUAGUUAUAACUUAGAUAUUAUGCAAACUCUAGAUAGUCUAACGGUGCAUUGUUUGCUUCUUUAGGUUUGGUCAUUUUUCAAUUCACUUGUGUCACAAAACUUGGGGAUUCUAACUGUUAGACCUUUUAUAUAUAAACAAAACAAAUUUACCGUUUUUGAGCAUGAAAUCUGUUUAAUUAUUCUCAAGAUU